UUGCUUUGAUAUUUUCAUUGCAAUAAAUCAGAACACACUAUAUAGAUCAGCCAGUUCUCAGGGACAAACUUCCGAAUACAGAGAGGCAAGCUCAAAGAUAAAGCUCUGCUAGCGAACCAUGCCAGAGGUUAUUGGUUUGAUACUUAAUGCUGAAGGGUUCUGUCGUUUGUUGAUUCAAUGACCGUCCAGAUAUUUUACCAUGGUUAAGGUGGAAAGAAUUCCGAAUCAGUGAUACCAUUUUAUUUGAAAUAUACUGCAAUAAGAGGAAUGUUGAGUAGUUAAAGAUAAACAAAUCAAUAAAUAAAAGGCAUAUUAUUUGAGACUGAGACAGCGUGGUAAGUAUAAAGAUCUUUACGCUACUUUAGAGCUAUAAGAGAGAGCAAGAGAGAGACAGAGAAACUAAAACGCCUUGAGUCUGAGCCUUGACAAGCGCAAUGAACAAGUUCCAUGUAGUGUUCAUCUCUACCCCAGGUAACUUUGGGAACCUUGUUCCAACUGUUGAAUUUGCCCGCCGCCUCACCAAUCACGACCCCCAAUUCUUUGCCACCAUUCUCAUGAUCGACAUAGCAGAAAGACCCAUCGUAAACGCCUACAUCCGAUCGUGUGUUGCCACGGCCACCAACUUUAAUUUCAUCAACCUCCCUCCCGUGGAUCCCCCGUCAACGGAUGAGUACCGAACUUACUUGGGUUACAUAUGUCUGCUCAUAGCAAAGCACAAACCCCACGUCAAAAAUGCAAUCGCUCACCUCAUUUCAACUGAGUCCAAGUCCGACUCCGACAGUAGUACUGUCCGAGUUGCUGGCUUGUUCGUUGACAUGUUUUGUACGUCUAUGAUCGAUGUGGCAAACGAGCUAGGCAUCCCUUGUUAUCUUUACUUUGCUUCUCCAGUUAGCUUUUUGGGGUUAAUGCUUUAUCUUCCAACUCUAGGCAAAUUCGCCACUGAGUUUGUAGCCUUGGACAGUGGGUUGAUGGUCCCUAAAGACCCAGCAGCAGCCAGUGCCAGUGGGUUAACCAUCGGGUUUGCCAACCCCGUACCUCACCGGGUGUUGCCCAAUGCGGUGUUGUACAGAAAACAGGACGGUUAUUUCUGGUAUCUACACCAUGCACGCAGGUACAAAGAAACCAAAGGGAUCGUUGUGAACACGUUUAGAGAACUGGAAUCGUAUGCCAUCGACUCUGUCUCUAAUGGGAAUGAUGAUUGGCCCCCCAUCUAUCCCAUUGGUCCAGUUCUUGACCUUGUUGGACCGGCACAGUGGCAUCCCGAACGGGGUCAGCAUGGUAGCGUCAUGCAAUGGCUCGAUAACCAACCUCCUUCAUCCGUGGUGUUCUUGUGUUUCGGCAGCAUGGGAAGCCUUAGGGCGCAGUUGAGGGAAAUAGCGGUGGGACUAGAACGGAGCGGAUUCCGGUUCUUGUGGUCUAUCCGCGAACCGCCGAAAAUGAAAUUGGAGCUUCCGGGCGAAUACACGAAUGUGGAGGAAAUCGAGAUGUUGCCUCAAGGGUUCGUUGAUCGAAGCCGAAGGGCUGGAACUGGGUUGGUUUGCGGAUGGGUCCCGCAAGCUUUGAUAUUGAGCCACCAAGCAAUCGGAGGGUUCGUCUCACACUGUGGAUGGAAUUCUAUCUUGGAGAGUAUAUGGUAUGGUGUUCCCAUAGCCACGUGGCCGCUCUAUGCGGAGCAGCAAAUGAAUGCCUUCCAAUUGGUGUCGGAGCUGGAACUGGCUGUGGAGAUCCUAGAUUACAGGAAGGGCAGCGACUUGGUGUCCCCCGAGGAGCUGGAGAGAGCGCUGCGUCUGAUGAAGGGCAAUGAUGAGGCUAGGAGAAAGAUGAGGGAAAUGAAACAAAAGAGUAGGGCGGCUCUCAUGCCAAAUGGUUCAUCCUACAAAUCGCUGGCUUCUCUGAUUGAGGAGUUAACGGCAGAGAUAGCGAUUAAAUAAGUGAAAAUACUUGAGUAA